AUGCCAGGAUACUCAGAGUUCUACUUCAAUGUGGACCAUGGCUACCUGGAGGGUCUGGUCCGAGGGUUCAAAGGUGGGAUCUUGACAAGCGCGGACUAUGUCAAUUUAGCACAGUGUGAGACGCUAGAAGAUCUGAAGUUACAUCUACAGACUACAGACUAUGGCAAUUUCUUGGCAAAUGAAACUGGCCCUCUCACUGUUUCCACCAUUGAUGAAAAACUGAAAACAAAACUACUCACAGAAUUUCAUUACUUUAGAAACCAUGCUUUUGAACCACUUGCCACUUUUCUGAAUUUUGUCACAUACAGCUAUAUGAUUGACAAUGUAAUUCUUUUAAUAACUGGCACAUUACAUCAGCGACCCAUAGCUGAACUUGUUCCCAAGUGCCAUCCAUUGGGGAGCUUUGAGCAAAUGGAAGCAGUCAGCAUUGCCUCAAACCCCACUGAACUCUUCAAUGCAAUUUUGGUUGACACACCAUUAGCUGCAUUUUUUCAAGACUGCCUGUCUGAAAACGACCUGGAUGAAAUGAACAUUGAAAUAAUGCGCAACAAACUAUACAAGUCUUAUCUCGAGGCAUUUUAUAAGUUUUGUGAAAAACAAGGUGGUACUACAGCAGAAAUAAUGAGACCUAUUCUUGAGUUUGAGGCAGACAGACGUGCUUUUAUCAUCACCAUUAAUUCAUUUGGCACUGAGCUGAGUAAAGAUGACCGAGAGAAGCUGUAUCCAACCUGUGGAAAACUUUACCCAGAAGGCUUACACCUGUUGGCCAAUGCAGAUGACUACGAGCAAGUGAAGUGUGUUGCAGAAUACUAUGCAGAAUACAAGGCUGUGUUUGAAGGUGUAGGGAGUGGCACUGGAGAAAAGACACUGGAAGACGCAUUUUUUGAACAUGAGGUAAAGCUGAAUGCGCUUGCAUUCAACAACCAGUUUCAUUUUGGAGUAUUUUAUGCCUAUGUGAAGUUAAAGGAACAAGAAUGCAGGAAUAUUGUAUGGAUUGCUGAAUGCAUUUCUCAGAGACACAGAACCAAAAUUAACAACUACAUUCCAAUUUUCUAAAUCUGAUAAUCUAUAAUGCUUGAAAAGAUAUUUCAUAGAAAAGAAGAAAAAUCUUAUUUCAAAAAUUAACUCUUAUCAGAUGUUUUAAAUUGUAUUAAUGAGCCUACUUAAAUACAUCACUGUAGGAAAAAAAGUAAUGCAAUUAGAGAUAUGAGUACUGCAUAAGGAAAUACUAAUAGGUUUAAUCACAAUUUGUUGGUAGAUUUGUUCCCCACUGUGCCUAUUUUAAUUUAAUUGAUCAAUAAAAACCUCCUGCAAUGUCUUA